AUGAGUUUCUUUGUAUCAAAAAAAUGCAUAUCAAACUGGUAUAAGAAGAAAAAUAAUUAUUUUUUUUAUGACAAGGAAGGAUGGUAUGGAUGUAAAGUUGCUAUGUUAGUUAGCACAGGAAUAAUAGGUGGUUAUUAUAUAAGUAAAGAAGAGAAUAGAAAAGAUUUUAGAAAGGUGUGUUUACACAUGAAGAAUGGUUUAAAAAACAAUAGAUUUUUUGAUUAUAAUAAUAAUAUGUUAUUUUUAAAUAAUAAUAAUAAUAACGUAUUUUGUGAUAUAGGUAAUAAAAAUAAGAAUAAUAAUUAUCAUCAUCCAUUAUGGAGAUCAGAAGAAAAAAGACCAUUUGAAAAAAAAAUGGAAAAUGCUAUAUUAUUUAGUGGAACAUCUAAUCCAUUAUUAAGUAAAAAUGUAGCUGAUCAUUUAGGGACUAGUUUAGGACGUGUCAAUUUAAAACGAUUUGCUGAUGGAGAAGUAUCUAUGCAGUUUUUAGAAUCAAUAAGAGGAAAAGAUGUUUAUAUUAUUCAACCAACAUGUCCUCCAGUUAAUGAAAAUCUUAUAGAGUUGUUGCUUAUGAUUUCUACAUGUAGAAGAGCUUCAGCUAAAAAAAUUACAGCAGUCAUACCAUAUUAUGGUUAUGCUAGACAAGAUAGAAAAUUAAGUUCAAGAGUUCCAAUUUCAGCUGCAGAUGUUGCUAGAAUGAUUGAAGCCAUGGGUGUUGAUCGAGUUGUAGCCAUAGAUUUACAUUCAGGGCAAAUCCAAGGAUUCUUUGGACCAAGGGUUCCUGUUGAUAAUUUAGAAGCUCAAUUAAUAGGAUUAGAUUAUUUCACAAAAAAAGAUUUAUAUAAACCGGUGAUCGUCUCACCUGAUGCUGGAGGUGUCUAUAGAGCUAGGAAGUUUCAAGACGGUUUAAAUCAUAGAGGUAUAGGUGAUUGUGGUAUAGCUAUGCUUAUUAAACAAAGAACAAAACCAAAUGAAAUAGAAAAAAUGGAUCUAGUAGGAAAUGUAUACGAUUCAGAUGUUAUUAUUGUAGAUGAUAUGAUUGAUACUUCUGGUACCUUAUGUGAAGCAGCUAAACAACUUAAAAAACAUGGAGCUAGAAGAGUAUUUGCUUUUGCUACACAUGGUUUAUUUUCAGGACCAGCAAUUGAUAGAAUUGAAAAAUCACCACUUGAAGAAGUUGUUGUAACAGAUACAGUCAAAUCAAAUAAAAAUAUAGAUAACUGUAAAAAAAUUACUAAAUUAAGUGUUUCUGUUCUUGUUGCUGAUGCUAUAAGAAGAAUACACCAAAAGGAAAGUCUAAACGAUUUAUUCAACAUUAAAAGUUAA